GGGCGCACGCGCGUGAAAAUUUCGCAGAAAAGUGCUUUUUGGUUUGUGUAACUGAUGUGUUUCUUUACUGUUCGUUGCUUCGGUCAGCUUCACGAUAAUUAAUAGUUAGUUAGUAAUCAGCUUUUAUGUGAUUUUCACCAUUGUGAUAAAAAUACAUUUGGUUUCCUCUACACAGACAUCAUGGAAAUGGCCACCUCGGAGGUCCAACAAAAAACUAGCGCACUGCCUCUCUCCGCCCUGCGCCUCGUGGUGCCGCCGCUGCGCCUCAUGUCUGCUUUCCUGUGGCAAGUGGUUCAGCGUCGCAACGUCACACAAUACGGCAAACUGGAGCAGUUUGUCAUGCUGGUGUCAGAAACAGUACCAGACAUCAUGAGUCAACAUCUGCUUAAUAAGCUCGUCUUUCAUUUAAGGAAAAAGGUGAUAUUAGAGCUCUGUUUUAAAGACAAAACACCUGAUGUAUGGAUCAUUCAAGCACAUUUGGACACACUACGCAACCUGACUAACAAAAGCAAGGACAUAGAAAGUGAAGUCAUGAAUAACAAAUUUAUAAAGAUGAUCCAUAACAUCUUAGAGGACACAGAUAAGAGGGAGAGCUUCCUGCAGAAUGUUCUUCCUGUAGAGUAUGGUUCUGGAUAUGAUGCCGUCCUUCAGAGCUUAGCCUGGGAGUUCCUAACUCGAGUGGAUGAACUCCUGCCUGUGCCAAACCUCAAAGAGACAGCCUCGUGGCUCUGUGGCGGUCUGUCUGCCAUGGAAGACAUUGUCCAACCACUCUCUGACCCAGUGGAGCUAAGAGACGUGUUACAGCAUUUCAAAACCAAGAGACAUAAAAACAGAAAUGAGCCAGUCUUGUCUUCUGCUUCCAUUCAACAAGAGAUGGUGUUGCCUGCCAGUUCUAUCCCACAAGAGAAAAUCUUGCCUCCGUCAUCCAUAGCACAAGAAACCAUCAUUAUCGCACAAGCACUUAGUGAAAAUCAAUCUGAAUCUGACCGUGCAGCAGCCACUAUAAUGAGCCCUGCUCAUAGUGACACCGAGGAGACGGAGCCUUUGGACAGCGUGGCAACGGAGGUCGAGACAGAACUGCAAGAAGAGGCGGUUUACCAAGAGAACAGUACAGGGAUGUGUGAAGUCCAGCAGAUCUACCUCACUGCAGACGGCUCUACUGUUAUUGUUUCAGAAUUGGACAAUGGUGGAGAGGACACCUCUCAGCUGCAGUUUCUAGAACAGUCAGAAGUAGUGGAGACUCCUGAGGUGAGGGAAAUAAGCAUGGAGGAGUGGAUCUCGGAAAUAGCAGGGAAAGUUCUUCCUCUGUCAGUAAUGCCCCCUUCCACUAAUGUAGACGUUCUUGCAGAGGAAACAGCGUUCAUUCCCAUUAUUGAAAGACCCCCAUCUAUAAAAUCCAUCAUCAACAGAAAAAGCUCCCCUACUCAAGCAACGGCCAGCAGAAAGGUGAUCACGUUGCCUGCCGAGUCUCAGGCGAACCAAGACAUGGGUGAGAAGAAGCACACGUGUCGUGUGUGUAAGAAAGAGUUUCGUUACGAGUGCCAGCUGAAGAAUCACAUGCGCACACACACCGGAGAAAGACCGUUUCAGUGCUCGGACUGCGGCAAAAGCUUCCGCUGUCUCAGUUUCCUGUCCAGCCACAUCAAAACACACUCAUUAUCCAGACCAUUCAAAUGCACACAGUGUGCAAAGACCUUCCGCAAGAAAGCCGACCUCAUCAAGCAUGUUCGCGUGCACACGGGGGAGAAGCCAUACAAGUGCAAUAUCUGUGGUAAGAGCUUCUCUCAGGGCUCAUACCUGAAGAUUCACCGCGAGUGUCACACAUCGGAAGACCUGCACCAGUGUCCACACUGUGAGAAAUUCUUCCCUACUGCGUUCAAGCUGGCUGUACACAUUCGCUACCAUUCAAUGGCGCGCUCCUACACGUGCAACGUAUGUGGCAAGAGCUUCAUCUACGCCAGCCUCCUAAGGAGGCACAAGGGCUAUCACAUGGGUGAGCGCAAGUACCUGUGCACUAUAUGUGGCAAGUCCUUUGUGUACAUGUUUGACCUGAAAAAGCACCAGCGCAACCAUGAGAAGCCACGUGUGCGUAUCCCGUGCAGGUUGUGCCACAAGACGUUUGCAGGGCCAGAGAUGCUGCGCUGCCACCUCCGCAUCCAUACGGGAGAGCGGCCCUUUGGCUGCAAGGUGUGCGGCAAAACUUUCUCACAGAUCGGCAACAUGAAGAGGCAUGAGCGUGUGCACACGGGAGAGCGGCCGUAUGUAUGUACCGAGUGUGGAAAGACCUACAAGCACUCAUCACACCUGAAGAACCACAUGCUGAACCACACAGGCGAGCGGCCGUGGCGGUGCGCACAAUGUGGCAAAAGCUUCAAGUUCCAAGGGCCACUGAAGAAGCACGAGCAAACGCACCUGGCUGAGCGGGCUGAACAAACACGCGGGCGCAAAAGGCACGAAACCAAAAAUCCUUAAAGGGUGUGAGCACAGUUUUGACCUGGUAUUAUAUUAGUGGAAUUCUGAAUUCCAGUUUGAAGUAUAAAUAUCCAGAACCUGGAUCAGCUUUCCUAAAGGUCAGACCAGCUUGUAAGAUCAUAGAAAUGGUCACAAAAUGGUGUUGUCUCUUUUAAAAGAAAUCAGUGCUGAUCAGUGAGUGAGCUGAUUUACUUAAGAGAUAAGUGGAAGAUCAACGGUAAGAUGGAACUUACCAUAGAAGUCUGGUGGCGCCUACCAAGUAUAAGAAUGAAUUGCGAAUAUAUGAUAUAGAAUUUCAAUGUGAGAUUUAGGAGUAUUUCACAAGUGGGUGUUUUCAUACCUAGAAAGCAUAUUUUCAUAUGUUGUUUUUUUUUUUGUUUGUUUGCUUGUUUCAUUGGAACCAUUUCUUUAAAAUUAUGAUCAGUACAACCUGUAAUACUAAAUCUAUUUUUGUAAUGAUCCAACUGAUUGUGUUAAUCAGGAAAAAUGGAGGCUAUUCUAUAUGAGGAACAGUGAUCACAAUAAGGAAAUAUUCCCAAACUCCUCGUGUUGUGCUGGGCUAUUUGCAUUGUACUAAUUCUGUAACUAAAAUGAAUUCUGAAUGGGAAUUUUUUUAAAUUCCUCAUCCAAAGUCUUCCUUUGAAUCAGAUAUUGAGGUUAUGAUGGUUUAGAAAAAAAAAAAUCAUCUCACCUCACCAUGAUACAGAUAAUAAAAAGGUCUGUGGUUUAAAA